GCCGGACCACAUUUUUCCUUGAAUUUGCUUUACUUGGCAUGUCCUAUUCACUAUUCAUCGAAUCUCCAAUACCGUUUUAUUGCGAUUUCAUCACACUACCGAUCGGUCGCGUAUCAUUUUUCCAUCUUCUCCACCCUCACUGCUUUAGUGAGCUGAGCUUUGUGGUUUUAUGUCCCAAGAUAAUUAUGAUUCAUGGCACUAGGAUCCCAAAGUGCAAUGCAAGUACUCAAGCGGAAUUUGGCCACCCGUUGAACAACAAUGUUCACAAUAACAACACAAUCUCGUUUCAAAUCCAAAUCCGAUGGAAUCGUCGAAUGUGUAAGUCUGCGAACACCAACCAAGAGGGAGUCGAGGCCUCUCCAUUUUGUCUUCAAUUCACUAAUGGAGUCCACCUCUGAAGGCCAAUUACCAACCGUUAAGAAUGCCAAGAUCGUCAGUUUACCUCCACCGGUAUGUCCGGAUCAUCCAAGCCAGACCACUGGCUCCGAUAAUAAUCUGACCACGCCAAUCCAAGUCAAGCGAAUCAAAUAUCACUGCUUCCAUUGCAAGAAGGUGUUUCUUAGCCGCACGGGUUGGAAAGAACACGCCUCGGCGGCCGGUGCGGACCAUGAGAAUUUGCAGCCUUGUCGCGAACCUCAUGCCACUCACCGUCUGGUGAGUGGCACAUUCGACUCGUUCGACGAGGCUCGAGCUUGGGCCACGGCCCAAGAGUUCGAUAAGACCAUGAGUAUCGUCACCUCACAAACCAAUUACCUGAUCUACAAAUGCCGUCAUAACUCGCGACUCAAAGGCAGCCGUCUCAAGCCGUGUCCGCAGAGACGGCGCGUCUCUUUGAUGCCAUUUGAUUGCAAGGCUCGAGUGGUGGUGAAUAAGACUUGUAUCUGUCGUUGUGAUUCCGACAAUGCCAAGCACAUUUGUUAUGAAAAUGAAGACACGAUUCGCAUGUCAGGUUGUCUAACCCAUUGUCACGACAUAUCACCUCGGUUCGAUCGGAUCCCCAAAGCCACGAAAGACAAUAUUGGGGUGCUCCUACAAGCGGGUUUGUCCAAAUCCACCAUCCUAAGGGAUUAUUGUAAUUCCGUCGUGGGUCAGAGUAACGAUCACAAGAUCAUCACCAUGCAAGAUAUCCGUAAUAUAGAGAAUCACAUGAAGAAAAAGCACGUCGAUCCCGUGAUCAACGAUCCGGUGCAGAUAUUUGAAUCCCGGAAACAAAGGUCAAUCAAAAUGUUGACUGAAUGGCGAGUGGCUCUUUUUGCCGGAGGCCCUCAGAAGGAGCAAGAAGAUAUCAUCCAGCAAGUUGAGGAGAUUGAGGCAAAACUAAAGAUGAAAGAGGUGCUAAAUUCUGCGGUAGACCCUGGAUUGAGUUCAACCAAGACCAAAAACCAACGUGAAGAAACGCCCACCGAAAGCUUUAUGGCUUUGCCCACAGGCGUGAUCCAGGCCAAUCAUUGGUCCAAUGCCGAUAUCGCCUUAGAAGAAGAGGUCCAACAUUGCUUGGAGAGUCCGGUGGAAGACCCGAAUUGGUUGCCGUGAUGAUUGUGACUCAUAUUAUUUUCAAAGGUUAAUAUAACCUAUCAAACCGUGUGCUGAGUGGAUCCGUAUAAAGGAUCCAUAUAAGCGACGCUGGCUGAGGAAACAGAUUGAACGGGUUGACAGGGCGGGUGGCCCACCUUCAUGACAAGGAAUCUUUUUUGUGAUUUUGAAUAGAUGAUUUGAAUGGA